AUGGUCAAAAGUGUCAUGGUAGCUUAUGCCCUGUGGGCAGUGGGUGGCCUUUUUGGUGUUCACCAUUUAUAUUUAGGGAGAGACAGUCAUGCACUUUUAUGGAUGCUAACCCUGGGAGGUUUCGGCAUAGGCUGGAUCAGAGAGCUUAUACGUAUUCCAACAUAUGUGGGUGAAGCCAAUCAAGAUGCAGAGAAGGAGAGGAGAAGACCCUCCACCAUCCCCCCCCCACCAGUAAACCCAGUUAGAUUCGCUGGCCAGAUGUGUGUUGGGAUCUACUUUGGCACUGUGGCACUGAUUGGACUGAGCUCCCUUAGUUUUUUCUACUUGCUUGUUCUUCCUUUAUGUGUGGGUGCAGGGGUGCAUCUGGUGUCCACUGUUGGCCAGCAGACCUCUGAUCUCCAAAAAACGCUCACAGCUAGUCUCAUAACUUCCCCCAUAUUCUACGGCAGCACUUUAUCCCCUCUGCCAAUUAGCCUGGCAGCCAGUGUCACUGCCACACAGCAUCGCAAGUACAAGAAACCUCAGGCAACAGGCAGCCCACAGGAACUUGGUCCACGGCUUUUCAGAUUGAGUCUCGCUUGGCUGGCUUUCUCUGCUCCAUUGGCAUAUUGUGUUUUCCAUAAUACCACCACCACAAUGUAUUACCUGUCUGACUGUGUGACAGCACUGCUGGAUUUUUUUUGGUUCCUCCCUUGGCUCAGAAGUGCGCUGGAGUACAUUCUCUUAAUGCCCUAUCGCUUCUUGUGUGCCUUGACUGGAGAAGGCUAUUAUGAAGAGGCCUGGAAGAAAAUGCUGGAAAUACUCCUCAAAGACUAUACUGAGCAGGAAAAAGAGGCGCUGAAGGUUUUGUCACUGGGAGCAGAGGCCUCUUUUGAAGAGAUAACUCGUGGCUAUAGGGAGCUUGCCAAGACAUGGCACCCCGACCACAACCCCAGCAAGAAUGCUGAGGCGACGUUUGUUAAGAUUCAUGAGGCGUAUGACGUUCUUCUACGGUGGCACAGGCCCCGCCGAUUCAGAUAA